AUACUUUAUAUGGAAAGGAACAGAUUUGAGGGAAGGAUACCCCCAGGCCUAGGAAACUGCCGAAAUUUGCUUUCACUGAACCUUUCUCAUAACAAUCUCUUCGGAACCAUACCUAAACAUGUUAUGAGUCUUUCAUCCCUUUCAAUUUUUUUGGACUUGUCUUAUAAUUUUUUUAUAGUAGCACUACCUUUUGAAGUGGGCAACUUAAUACAUCUUACCAAGUUAGAUCUCUCAAAUAAUAGAUUAUCAGGCAAAAUUCCUACCACCCUUGGGACUUGUAUCAGUUUGGAGUACUUGUAUUUGGGUGGUAAUUCAUUUGAGGGAGUAAUUCCUCAAUCCUUGAAGAACUUAAGAGGUUUAGAAGAUAUAGAUCUUUCUCAUAAUAAAUUGUCUAGGAAUAUUCCUGAAUUUCUUAGCAAGCUUUUGGCGCUUAAACAUCUCAAUAUUUCUUAUAAUGAUUUUGAGGGUGAAGUGCCAAGUGAAGGAAUUUUUGCAAAUGCAAGCGCAAUUUCAAUCUUUGAAAAUGAAAAGUUAUGCGGUGGUGUCCAAGAAUUACAUUUAUCUUCAUGCUCAAGCAAACAUCCAAAAUUGCAUGGGAAGCUUCUUGCACUCAGAAUAAUAAUUCCUCUCACUUGUAUAACCAUAUUUGUACUUCUUCUAUUGUAUUUUUUCCCUACAUGUUCUAUUGUGAAAAAUUUAAGAGAGGGGGUUUUGGCUACGUCUUCUUUUGAAGAUUGGCAAUUACCAAUCUCUUAUGCAGAACUCUUGGAAUCAACAAACAGGUUUUCUGAGAACAAUUUGAUUGGUUCGGGUAGCUUUGGCUCUGUAUACAAAGGAGUUCUUCCUAGAAAUGGAGUAGUUGUUGCAGUUAAAGUAUUAAACCUUCAACAAGAAGGAGCUUUGAAGAGUUUUGUUAAUGAAUGCAAUGCUUUGAGAGACAUACGUCAUCGUAAUCUCCUUAAAAUCAUCUCUGUUUGCUCGAGUGUGGAUCAUGAAGGGAAUGAUUUUAAGAGCUUAAUUUUCAAGUUCAUGUGCAAUGGAAGUCUAGAGCAGUGGUUGCAUCCUGAAAGUGAUGAGCAACAUCAAAGGAAGAAUUUGAGCUUCCUUCAAAGACUGAACAUAGCUAUCGAUGUUGCUUAUGUAUUAAAAUAUCUCCAUCACCAUUCCCAAACGCCAAUUGUUCAUUGUGAUCUAAAGCCAAGCAAUAUACUCCUUGAUGAAGAUAUGGUAGCCCAUGUUGGUGAUUUUGGAUUAGUGAAAUAUAUUUUUGAAGCAUCAAAAAAUCUCUCCAAUACUCAAACCUUAUCGUGUGGAUUAAAGGGUUCCAUAGGGUACAUUCCUCUAGGUAAUUUUUCAACCAAAUGA